AGGAUUCGAUCCCCAGUCCCUCCCUCCCAGUUCUAGGCGCCCCAAACCGCUCCAGGCCCGAGUGGUGGGCGGCCGCCUUAGUGGCUCCCGACUCUAGCUGGGGGCGGGGGGGCUUCCGGCAACCUCGGUCUCUUCAAAGGCCCUUUGGGGUCUUCCGACUGUGUGGAAGGGGGAGCGGGGUCCGCACGGGUAGGACUGGGCCCCGCGGCCCCCAGGUGAGGAGCGUUCAAGUGCGCGUUCCCCUCCCUCGCCAAGGGUCCUGGCCCGGUUCGGGGGCGGAGGCAGCGGAGCCAGUCCCAGUGCCCAGUGCGGCAGCGGGCAGAGUGAGGAGGGUGCCUCUCCAGCCGCGCGCCCGCCCUGGGCCGCUAGCGAACCUUUGCGUCCUUCCGGCUCCAGGGAAAAGUUCGCUGUUUCUCUGCCUUUUGGCCAAGAUCAACGAUCAGGAAAUUGAAGGCCAGAAGGGUAAAGUGGUUUGCCCAAGGCCAUGGGGCUGGUGUGUGGCUGAGCUGUGGCUUGAGCUAAGGGCUGUAAGAUUUGGCAGUCAAUAUUCCGAGAGAGAGAUGUAGGCGGAGAUAGGAGAUGAGGCUGAAAGAUGAGAGACAGUCAGCCAGAGAGAAUGGAAGGAAAGAACAGGAAAGCAGAGAGAGGAGUGUCUGCCAGUCCCAGGACACCACGGCUAUAUCAGCUUUCUAUUACUACCUAACAAAUGAUCACAAACUUUGAUACUCAAAGUCACACACAUUUAUCAUUUUGUAGUUUCUGUACGUCAGACGUCAAGGCACAACUUAGCAGAGUUCUCCGCUUCAGGUGUUGCCAGGCUGGGCUGCAGUCAGGAGUUGCCCAGGGCUGUGGUCUCAUCCCAGGCUUGACGGGAAAGAUCUGCUUCCAAGGUCGUCAGGUUGCUGAGACCUGAAUUCACCUCCUGUGGUUGUUGGACUGAAGUCCUAUUAUCUUGCUGAUUGUUGGCCAGGGGCCACUCUCAGCAAUUAGAGGUUGCCCGCAGUCCUUUGCUACUUGACCCUCUCCUUAGGCCCAUGAGUGUCACUAAUAAGACAGAGCCUUUUAUAUACUAUAACUGAAUUACAGAAGUCACACCACCUUCGCCAUAUAACUUAACCUAAUCUCGGGAGUGACAUUGUAUAACCUUUGCUGUAUACUAUUGCUUAGAAGCAAUUCGCAGGUCCCACCCACAUGCAAGGGAGGGGAUUAUUCAGGAUGUAAACAUGAGGGCCACUCUGGGGACCUUGGAUCUAGACUGCUCUGAAGUUUGUGGGGGUCAGGGUCCUUGACUCCUCCUGAUCAGGCAUCUCUCUAUCCACUGCAGUCUCCCUUCUUCUCCAGAGUUGCCCCAUUUUCUCUCCUGGAGCACUGGAGCUGGAAGCGACCUCAUGGCCAUCUGCACACCUCUCUGGAGCCUCCAGACCUGCUGGGCUCUAAGAGCUCUUUGCAGGUUUCUGGGGAGGCUAAGGAAGUCCAGUUUGCCUGAAUGUUACAGUUCUUUACCCCUAGCCAUAGUUCUGUAAUUCCUGGCUGAACACCCUGUCCCUUGAGAGCCCUGAAGCUUUCAUUGGCCUUUCUGUGUCUCUGAUCAGCUUACACUGAGAAUGCUAACUUCAUAAACGCUGCUUGUUCACAGACAAAGCCGAGGACCCUGGGAGAUAAUAAUAAGGGGUCUUUGAAGGCCAAAGGAUUGGGAAACACUCCUCUGGGCACCUCCUGGAUUUCAGCCCUGGGAAGACCUGAAAUGUCCAUCCUGAUAUUUCGUAGGAGGAGAAAUAGCCUAGAAGGGAUGAUAAGGGUGUGAGCUCCUUCCCAGAGCCCAUCUCUCUUCCCCACACCCUAACUAGAUGGUGGGGGUGAACUGGGGCCAGAGUGGGUGCAAGAGCCAGAUUGGGGGGACCUUGUGGUUGGUAUUAAGGAGUUGAACUUUAUUUUGAGGAAAAGAAGGGGGAAGGGGAGGGAUGCGGUCAGAUUGGGGUAAGAAAGAUGACUGUGACCCAAGUGUGGGAACAAGUGUGUGUGUGUGUGCUGGGAGGGAACAAGACUGAGGACUCGAGGGCCAGAUGGGUGAUCCGAGGGAUCCAGGAAAGAGCCUGUGCCAGGUUAAUGGCUGUGAGAAGUGGUGUGAGCUGAGAGGCCUGAGAUCUCUUUAAGACGUUGGAUUAGCAGGCCUCAGUGACUGAGUGCAUUUUGUAGGUGAGGUAAGAGCGGGGUGACAGGAUCAACUUCUGGGUUGAUAGCAAGGUCAUUGGCUCACCAAUGGAGCAGGACAUAUCAGUUGAGAUAUCAAGUAGGCAUUUGGCUAUUUAGGCCUGGGGUACAGAGGAGAGCUCUGGGCUCCUGGGCACACACGGGAGCCCUGGGUGUACAGGAGGCAGGCGUGUGUGAGCUGUGGAAGGGAGAUCCCUCCUGCCUCAGCUUAUCCUGCUCUCCCUCUGCCUGAACUCCUCCAGUUCUGGAAGGCACCCUGCAGUCCCACACCUGGGCCCUCUUCUCUGCCGCUCCCUCUGCCUGCAACAGGCUUCUCUCCUGGACUGCCCCCUUCCCUGCACCUUGCCAAGAUGCAUGCACACACACAGGCACUCAUGCACAUGCUCACAUAUGCACCAUGCAUGCACACUUACAUGCACACAUGCACUCUCCCAUCUUUUGCCUGGCCAAUUCCUGCUCUCCUGUCAGCUCUUAGCUUAAAGGCCACUUCCUCCUCUGAGAACUCAUUGCUGACCUUCUAUACUAGGGCUCCCCUCUGCCCACUGGAGGCCCCUUACUUGUUUGUCCUUUUUCUCCAGGUUCUCUUCACAAAUAUUAAUUAUUUAAUGUCUGUCUUCCCUGCUAGGCUGUAGGUUCCAUGAGGACAGGCCUUGAGUCUGUCCUGGUCUCUGGAAUCAUGGUGUCUAGUAGAGGCCAGCACACAGCAAAUACAUAAAUGUACAAAUGAGUGAAUGAAGAGAAUCUGAUUGGCCUUAAGGAACUUAGGCCCUUAAAAUAAUUGGGCAGAAGAGAAGCAGUGAAGGAGUGCAGAGGCAUCACCUGAAAAGUAGGAGGAAGGAGAAUGGGGGCCUGCCAAAGCCAAGGCAGAUACGUGUCAUUAUGCAUCUGUGUAAACCCACAGAGUGUACACCACCAAGAGCGAACCCCAAUGUACACUAGGGCCCCUGGGUGGAGACAGUGCAUCAUUGUAGGUUCGUCAGUUGCAACACACGUGCCUCUGGUGGGGGAUGGAGAUUGCGGAAGGGGCUGUGCCUGUGUAGGGACAGGGAGUAUAUGUGAACUGUAUUGAAUUGUAUUUUCCACUCCAUUUUGCUGUGACCCUAAAACUGCUCUAAGAAAAUCAUCUAUUUAUAAAUAAAUAAAUAUUCUUCUAAGAAGCCAAAGCAGAAGACGAUCAAGUGGAGUGUGUUAAUGUCAGCAGAGGUUUUUGCCACCACGAGGUUGAGGCAAGGAGAGAAACGUGUCCCUUGGUUAGUGAUGUGGCUAUAUUCAUCACUUUAAUGAGAAUAAUGUCUGCUGAGUGAUGGGGCUGGAACCUAGACUGGAGAAGGUUUGAGUGAAUGGAAGGUAAGAAAGUGACUAAAUGAGUAUAGAAAACUACCAAGAAACUUGGCUGUUGCUGGUGAAAGAACAUGAUACAGGUAGGGCCAGGGUUACUGUCUUGCCAAACAGAACAGCAAGCCUCUGUAUUUAGUUGCUAAUUUCUUGUGACAGAGGAUCAUAUUGAUCUGUCCCCGUGAUUGUGCAGUUAGCAAAACCCAGGCUUUGAGAAACCCUAUAGGUUAAAUGCCCCAGCCUCCUCCACAGAUAAUCUCUGAGGGAAAGACAGAGUUGUGGGGAGCAUGUGGGGAUUGUACCAGGAUUUAAAAGAUACAUGGCAAUUUUAGAAAUUAGCAAGUCUAAACUAUGAUACCUAAGGAUGCACACCUGGGUGAUAAAAUUAUAAAGAAAUGGCUGGGCACAGUGGCUCACACCUGUAAUCCCAGUACUUUGGGAGGCCGAGGUAGGUGGAUUACCUGAGGUCAGGAGUUCGAGACCAGCCUGACCAACAUGGAGAAACUUCAUCUCUACUAAAAAUACAAAAUUAGCCGGGCGUGGUGGCACAUGCCUGUAAUCCCAGCUACGCCGGAGGCUGAGGCAAGAGAAUCGCUUGAACCUGGGAGGCGGAGGUUGUAGUUAGCCAAGGUAACACGAGUGAAACUCUGUCUCAAAAAAAAAAAAAAAAAAUUAUAAAGAAAUACACAGAGGUGAUUACUAUAAGUCAAAGAGUUACUUGUUCAGGGGGAAGGAGGGAGCUACGAUUGAGUCAGGACAUGUGGUGGAGUUUCUGAGGUGGCCGGCACAGUUCUAUUUCUUGAUUUGGGUGGUGGUUAUAAGGGUAUUUGCCUUAUCAUAACUCCUCAAGCUCUAGAGGAAGAAGUCUGCUGUGAAGAAAAGAUUAAGGCCGCGGCGGCUCACACCUGUAAUCCCAGCACUUUGGGAGGCCGAGGCGGGCAGAUUGCUCGAGCUCAGGAGUUUAGACCAGGCUGGGCAAGAUGGUGAAACCUCGUCUCUACAAAAAACACAAAAAUUAGCCAGAUGUAAUGGCGCAUGCUUAUAGUCCCAGCUAUUUCGGGGGUUGAGGGAGGAGAAUUGCUUGAGCCCAGGAGGUUGAGGCUACAGUGAGCCAUGUUUAUACCACUGUACUCCAGCCUGGGUGACAGAGUUGAGACCCUGUCUAAAAAUAAAUAAAUAAAUAAAUAAAUAAAUAAAAAUUAAAAAAAAAACUCUCCCCCCAAAAAUAAAAAAAAAAGAUUAAUAUGGAGGGAGUUGUAAAAUUAAAGAAGGUACAUGGGUGCAUGUGUGCUUGUGUGUGUGUGUGUCUGUCUAACAACAGCAGAAGCAGGCAAGGGCUACUGUGGUGGUCAUUCUUGUUCCUCUCCCCAUUUUGCUUCACAGUUUACAAGCCCUUCCACUUUCUCUCUGAGGCAGAAAGAGCAAGGGUUUUUCUCUCCAUUUUAUGGUUGGGAAAAUUGAGGCCUGCCUGAGUGUGUGAUUUGCGGCAAGUCACUCUGGUCAUCUAGGGCAGAGGCUCCCCAGAGCCCAGGCCUCCUGCCUCCAGUCCCCAGCCCACAACCCAGGAUUAGGCAGAGCCAGCUGCUUUCCCGUGGCUGCCCUGACUCCUUACAGGGAUCACUGAGAUUCUGAUGAACAGACCUUCUGCCCGCAAUGCCUUGGGGAAUGUCUUCGUCAGUGAGCUGCUGGAAACUCUGGCCCAGCUGCGGGAGGACCAGCAAGUGCGUGUCUUGCUCUUCAGAAGUGGAGUGAAGGGCGUGUUCUGUGCAGGUGCAGACCUGAAGGAGCGGGAACAGAUGAGUGAAGCAGAGGUGGGGGUUUUUGUCCAGCGACUCCGGGGCCUGAUGAAUGACAUCGCAGCCUUCCCUGCACCCACCAUUGCGGCUAUGGAUGGGUUUGCCUUGGGCGGAGGCCUAGAGCUUGCCCUGGCCUGUGACCUCCGAGUGGCAGGUACUGGGCCAGGACUGGGGGCAGGGCGUGGGGCUAGGGAGUCAGGAGUGAGUGAAACGGUGAGUCUGGGCAUUCUGCAGUCAGCCACUGUUCUUGGCUUCCAAUCAAAAGCAAAACUAAGGCAAGACAGAGCAGAGAGGGUGCUCAGGCAGAAGCUGCUUCCCCUCCUGGGACAGCCAUUAGCUGCUGUAGUAUCUGUGACCUGUCAGAACCUGCUUCCUUCAUUUUGGGAAUAUUUGACCCACCUCAGAGCAAUUGCUGUUACGAGCCAAGGGGGUCAAAGAGCAAUGUCCAGUCUUCCCAUUCUGUCCAAGUCAGAUUUAUCCACCAUGUUUCGGAAAAAGGUGAGCCCCAGGGAUAGUUUGUCAAUGGCUGAGCUAAUCACAAAGGUGCCUGGGCAGGAAUACUGGCACCAGCCAAAUUUGCAUUACUUGUUCUGAGCAAUUGAGCUUUGUUUGAAGAAUGGGAGGGGAUAAAGAAGAUAACUGAUCAUUUUCUCAGGUGAUUGACCUGGUGAUUAGGAACAGCCUUCUUGGAUGCAGUUAGGCAAAGUCUGAAUGUCCUCUCUUCUCCCCCAACCACUCUCUCCUGCCACCCCAGGAGAGACAUAUAAAAAUGGGUAACUCCAGGCAUGAAAGUCGCUUCUGUCUACACAAUGCAGGUCAAAGAGAAGGAACUGACCAGGUGUCCAGGCACCAAAAUACCAGGCUGGUCUAGCCCCAACUCUGCUUUUCACAUGCCCAUGUUCCUAACUCACAGGGUUUUGGGGAAGACUAAGACGGAGUGAAUGUAAAACCCACUCCCUUCUGCCCACGUUCACAUGGCCCAUGCUGAGGGAAUUCAGAAAAGGCGACAGACCCGGGGUGGGGUGCGUCAGUCAAGGCAAGUUUCUCGAAGGAAGGAAGCAGAACUCAGGAGGACAUGGACUGGAACAGUCAGGGCAAUUUCAGGCUGUGACAAAGCUGGAACGGACGACUGUAGCAGGAGCAGGAGUCACUGACAUUCUAGGCCAGGCCAGGGCUAAGCCAGAGAACCUAUUAAUAGUAAUCCACAAAUAGAUAUGGGGCACCUCCUAGGAACUCUCCUUGUUCCAAGCAUCGUACCUCGUGUGAUCCUUAGCGGCUCUCUGAAGCAGACAGAAGAGAGCCAGCCAUCUUUCUUCCACCUUUGAGGCUUGGGAAGGGUGAGACUUGCUGGUGACAUACAACUCCACCAAAGGGGCAUGGUGAAAUAAGGGCCUGGGCUCCUGACUUCUGGGCUAGGGCUCUUCCAAAGGCAGAGUCUGGAGAGGCCUGGCUGUGGCCAGACCAUGGGGCAAGUGGCUAGAGGGGAGAGUAGACAGCAGAGGCAGGUGUGGCCCCAGGGAUUAGCACUGGGGGACCGGAUGGGGGAGGGAGGCCUCACUUUGUUCUAUGUGAGCAGCUUCCUCGGCCAUCGUGGGACUGAUUGAGACCACGCGAGGGCUCCUCCCGGGGGCAGGUAAUCGCAACUACAGCACCCGCCCAAUUCCACCCCAUCCAGGGUCCUUCGCUGCUUUCCUUUUUUGCCCUCUGUUCUGGGCUC